AUGGCGGCGGAGAAACUACGCGAUUUGAGUCAGCCCAUUGAUGUUGCUUUACUCGAUGCCACUGUUGCCGCUUUCUAUGGCACCGGAUCUAAAGAAGAGAGGACUACUGCAGACCAUAUCUUGCGAGAUAUGCAAAGUAAUCCCGAUAUGUGGCUUCAAGUUGUUCACAUUCUAUCUAACACGCAGAACUUGAAUACCAAAUUUUUCGCUUUGCAGGUUCUAGAAGGUGUUAUCAAGUAUAGAUGGAAUGCUUUGCCCGUAGAACAACGAGAUGGCAUGAAAAACUAUAUUUCUGAAGUUAUAGUUAAGCUUUCAAGUGACGAGUUCUCAUUUCGGCGGGAAAGGCUGUAUGUCAACAAGCUAAAUACUUCAUUGGUUCAGAUUUUGAAGCAUGAGUGGCCAGCCAGGUGGCAAAGUUUUGUUCCCGACUUAGUUGCAGCUGCAAAAACAAGUGAAACUAUAUGUGAGAAUUGCAUGGCUAUACUGAAACUUCUAAGUGAAGAGGUCUUCGACUUUUCAAGAGGUGAAAUGACUCAACAGAAGAUUAAAGAGUUGAAACAAUCACUAAACAGUGAAUUCAAGCUUAUUCACGAGUUAUGCUUAUACGUACUAUCGGCAUCUCAAAGAGCGGAGCUUAUCAGGGCUACUCUGGCGACAUUGCAUGCAUUCCUUUCAUGGAUUCCUCUGGGCUAUAUAUUUGAAUCACCACUGCUUGAAACACUCCUUAAAUCUUUCCCCGUACCGGCUUAUCGGAAUCUUGCCCUUCAAUGCCUGACUGAGGUUGCUGCUCUCAGUUUUGGGGAAUUCUAUAACAUGCAGUAUGCUAAAAUGUAUAGCAUAUUCAUGAUGCAAUUGCAGGAUAUUCUCCCUCCCAGCACCAAUAUUCCGGAGGCUUACUUGAGUGGCAGCACUGAGGAGCAGGCAUUUAUUCAAAACUUGGCUUUGUUUUUCACGUCAUUUUAUAAGUCUCAUAUUAGAGUGCUGGAAUCUACUCCAGAGAACAUAAAUGUGCUAUUAAUGGGUCUUGAGUAUCUCAUUAAUAUCUCAUAUGUGGAUGACACUGAAGUUUUUAAGGUUUGCUUGGACUAUUGGAACUCCUUGGUUCUAGAGCUGUUUGAAUCACCUCAUAAUCUGGACAAUCCUGCAGUAGCUGCAAACAUGAUGGGGUUGCAGAUGCCAAUGUUUCCGGGUAUGGUUGAUGGACUUGGUUCACAAAUCAUGCAAAGGCGACAACUUUAUGCUGUUCCAUUGUCGAAGUUGAGAUCGCUUAUGAUAUGUCGCAUGGCGAAGCCAGAAGAAGUUCUCAUUGUUGAAGAUGAAAAUGGAAAUAUAGUUCGUGAAACUAUGAAAGACAAUGAUGUCCUCCUGCAAUAUAAGAUAAUGAAGGAAACACUGAUCUACUUGGCACACCUUGAUCACGAGGAUACUGAAAAGCAGAUGUUAGAAAAAUUAAGCAAACAAUCAAAUGGAGAGGAUUAUACCUGGAACAACCUCAACACAUUGUGUUGGGCAAUUGGGUCUAUAUCUGGGUCAAUGGUUGAGGAGCAGGAAAAUAGAUUUCUUGUGAUGGUGAUUCGUGAUUUGUUGAACCUCUGUGAAAUCACCAAGGGGAAAAAUAACAAAGCCGUUAUUGCUAGUAAUAUAAUGUAUGUGGUCGGGCAGUACCCGAGAUUUCUGAGGGCCCACUGGAAGUUCUUGAAAACAGUUGUGAAUAAGUUGUUUGAGUUCAUGCAUGAAACACACCCAGGAGUUCAGGACAUGGCCUGUGACACAUUCUUGAAAAUUGUUCAGAAGUGCAAGCGUAAAUUUGUUAUUAUACAGGUGGGGGAAAAUGAACCUUUUGUAUCGGAACUCUUGACAAGCCUUGCGGUGACUAUUGUAGAUCUUGAGCCUCAUCAGAUUCAUUCUUUCUAUGAAUCCGUUGGCCAUAUGAUUCAAGCAGAAUCUGAUCCACAGAAGAGGGAGGAAUAUUUACAGAGAUUGAUGCAGCUUCCUAAUCAGAAAUGGGCUGAAAUUAUAGGACAGGCCCGCCAGAGUGUGGACUUCUUGAAAGAUCCUGAUGUCAUAAGGGCAGUGCUUAAUAUAUUGCAGACAAAUACUAGUGCUUCCAUUUCUCUUGGAACAUAUUUCUUGUCACAGAUUACCCUGAUUUUCUUGGACAUGCUCAAUGUGUACAGAAUGUACAGUGAGCUUAUAUCUACUAGCAUUGCUCAAGGAGGGCCGUAUGCCUCCAGAACAUCUGUUGUAAAGCUUCUACGCUCGGUCAAGAGGGAAACACUUAAGCUCAUAGAGACGUUUCUAGACAAAGCUGAAGAUCAACCACAAAUUGGGAAGCAAUUUGUGCCUCCAAUGAUGGACCCAGUACUUGGUGACUAUGCCCGAAACUUGCCUGAUGCUAGAGAGUCUGAAGUUCUUUCUCUUUUUGCCACAAUCAUAAACAAAUACAAGGGGACAAUGAUUGAGGAUGUUCCUCGCAUUUUUGAAGCUGUUUUCCAGUGUACUCUGGAGAUGAUUACAAAGAACUUUGAAGAUUAUCCCGAGCAUCGGCUCAAGUUCUUUUCACUACUUCGUGCUAUCGCUGCUCAUUGUUUUCCUUCUUUGGUUCAAUUGUCCAGUGAGCAAUUAAAGCUUGUGAUGGAUUCUAUCAUUUGGGCUUUCCGGCACACUGAGCGAAAUGUUGCGGAAACUGGACUAAACCUUCUAUUGGAGAUGCUGAAGAACUUUCAGGUUUCUGAGUUCUGUAAUCAGUUCUACCGGAGUUAUUUUUUGACAAUUGAGCAAGAAAUUUUUGCUGUUUUGACGGACACCUUUCACAAACCUGGAUUCAAAUUGCACGUACUGGUGCUGCAGCUCUUAUUUUGCCUGGUGGAAUCUGGUGCCUUGAGCGAGCCUUUAUGGGAUGUCUCAACAGUUCCUUAUCCGAAUAAUGGUUUUUUUGUCCGUGAAUACACCAUCAAACUUUUGAGUACUUCCUUCCCCAAUAUGACAACAGCCGAGGUGACCCAAUUUGUGAACGGACUCUUUGAGUCACGAACUGACCUUUCAACUUUCAAGAAUCACAUACGAGAUUUUCUGGUGCAAUCAAAAGAAUUUUCAGCCCAGGACAACAAAGAUCUCUAUGCGGAGGAAGCUGCUGCUCAGCGAGAAAGGGAGCGACAACCAUCAGGGAUUUUUAACUUAAACAAGGGUUGGUCACUUAGAGUUCACUCCCUAAAUAAUAUCAAGUGGAGGCGCCACGCCCAGGAACCAUGGAUUUGCUGCUCAAGGAAACAUUUGUCGGGUGUAGAAUCUUCAAAUGACGGACCCAAAACCUGUAAAUUUUUAAAAGCAGAGAAUUACAAGUUUGCUGUUGGAACGUGUGCAAAUGGAUGCUUUGGUUACUCUGGUGCUGAAGCCAGUAAUGUCCCGUACUGCUGUGAGCCUGUGACAAAGCACAAGCGAUGGCAUCCAAAUACGAAAGAGUCGGCUUUCUUGUACAAUAUCUGGUAUGGCAUGAGAAAAUCAAGCUUUUCUUGA